AUGAACGGCGUCAAGCACGAUACACCUAGUGCUGCUCCAGCAAUCCCACCAAAGCAGUCGUCAUCCAGCAGCCCUGGACAGACCGCUGCGAACAUGUCUGAAAAGGCGCUUCCUCCCAUUCAAGGCGCCCUUCAAUCCGCCAAGCAAAGCGUCAAGGAUGUCGUCGAUCCCUCCUCUGAAUAUCCAGUACCGCAGUCGACCCCAGACUCGCAGAUCGCAGACUACGUCCUCGUCUUCCAGCACAUCUCGAAAAAGCAUCUUCGCUCCUCAACAAAGGUGCCUGCCUCGGAGCGAGCCAAGAUCGCCGCAGAGUAUGAUAACCUGAUCUCACGCAUUCGCGGCACGGGUCUGCAGGUUACCAGUCGCGAGGGGUCCAAAGGCUCUGGUCAGAUCCUCAUCUUCGUCAAGGCUGAUGCGCAGCUUCUGCACAGGCUGGCACGUCAGGAGGCGCUCUCGGACUAUCUGCACGGCGUGCUCUCGGUGCAACCUCCCCCUCCGCGCUCGUCCAGCUUGCAAGGCUCCAACCAAUCCUCAGCCUUGCACUUGACGCCAGCAUCACGACUGCGAUUGGUCGACUCGCUGCUGACGCUGCCCGACCUGGCCAGUCACGCCGUCAAGGACGCCGGUGGUCAGUCGCAAGUUCCCUCCGGCGCGGGUCUGCGCCUCGGUCUCACCGAAUUCCCGCACCUCGUCGAUAUGAGUGCCAUCCACGACCCUGUCUACAACAAAGCCUGGAUCAAGCGCUGGUCGCACACCUCGCCCGCCAAAGCCUUCUACGGCGUGGGUCUCGAAGACCUCGAUUCGAUCCGCGAGCAUUUCGGCGAGGACGUCGCACUCUACUUUGGCUUCCUCAACUACUACUUCCAGGCGCUGGCACCGGCCGCUUUGCUGGGACUUUCGUUCUGGCUGCUCGGCCGACCCUUUUCGCCCAUCUACUCGCUCGGGCUCGUCUCGUGGUCGUGCCUCACAGUCGAGCUGUGGAGGAUGAAGGAGCGGAAGCUGGCGGUUCGUUGGGGCACCCUCGGUGUAUCGGAAGUCGAUCGUCGCCGACACGACUUUAUGCCUCGAACUACGCGAACCGACCCUGCUACCGAGGAGACCGAGGAGGUGUUCGAGUGGUGGCGUCGCGAGCUGCGCGUGGUUCUCUCGUUGCCCAUCGUCGCGUUCUUCGCUUCGGCGCUGGCAGCGACGAUGACGCUCAUGUUUGUGGUGGAGAUCUUCAUCACUCAGCUCUACCACGGACCGCUAAAGCAAGCGGUGCCAUUCAUCCCGACCGCGCUGCUGGUGGUCGCAGUGCCACAAAUCAUGGCUGCCUGGCAGGCGACUGCAGUAGCCAUCACAAAGUGGGAGAACCACUACAGCUCCAAAUCGUACGACUACUCUCUCACCCUCAAACGCUUUGCCAUGCAGGCGAUCACCGCGUACGGCGCGCUCACCCUCAGCGCCUACGUGUACAUCCCGUUCGGCGAGAUGAUCAUGGAAACCAUGGUGUCGCGCGGCUUCUUCGAGGAUUCCAUCCGCGAGGCCAAACUUCAAGGCAAGAUCUCGGAAAAGGGCAUCGAUUUCCACAUCAACCCCGACCGCAUGCAUACGCAGCUCUUUGCGGUGAGCGUCACGAGUCAGUUUGUCAACGCCUUCACCGAGUUGGCGCUCCCGGUGCUGAUGCGCAAAUUUGCCGAGUGGCGAGAGGAGCGGGCGGAGAAGAAGACGUCCAAUGGCGCUGGUCAGACUCCUACGCGUCAGGGGUCUGUCGACACCACCUCUUCCGGCGAGUCAACCCCGGGUGGGGACGACAGGGAGGAGUCGGAACGACGUUUUGUCUCGCGCGUUCGACGAGAACUCCUCCUGCCACCCUACGAUCUUUUCGGCGACUAUGCGGAGAUGGCCACCCAAUUCGGCUUCAUUGUGCUUUGGUCUGUCUCCUGGCCCCUCUCACCCGUGAUGGGUUUCGUCAAUAACUUCUUCGAACUCCGUUCGGAUGCGGCCAAGAUCAGUGUCAACAAUCGCCGACCCAUCCCUGUUCGCGCCGAGACCAUCGGGCCGUGGCUCGAGACGUUUGGGCUGAUUGCGUGGCUCGGCGCUCUCAACAACGCUGCACUCGUCUACCUCUUCCAGCAGAGCGAUCAGGCGCUGUUGGACGGACACAGUCGAUACGAGACGACGAUGCGAAGUCAUUUGCAUCCGAGCAAUGUCACUAUGGGGGAGGGGGCGCAGAGUGCGCUGAGCUUCUCGAGACUGCUUCCGCGGCACGUGCCGACGAGCGGACCCGCCGGGGCGAUUGUCGCGGCCAUCCUGGUGGCGUUGUUGGCCGAACACGUGUAUGGGCUCGUGAGGAGCGGCGUGAGGCAUAUAUUGGAGAGACUCAUCUGGAGGGGGUCGAACGAGGAGAUGAUUGUGAGGAGGAGAGAGUGGAUGCUGCGUGUCGAGACGAUGAAGAGUCACGUCGACGGGCAGAUGGACCAGGAGAAGAGGGGGGUGGAGAAGAUCCGGCAGUCCAUGGAGGGCGAUGCCGGUGUGAGCGAGGGAUUCUGGAGCCAGCACAAGGAUGUUGGUGCCGAAGCGAUUCGUGGGUCUGGCAAGGUCGAAUAG